GGAGCCAAAAUAUCUGCCAAGUUCGAACAACUCAAAAUGUCUUUCGAGUCUCUUUCCGAACGCCUUGCGGCUCUACAGGAAUCAAAUAGGCAAGCCAGAGAAUUGAUUGAACGUCUAGCAACUAUUAAGUUCGAACCUGGCUCUAUAGCUCUGGACAGCGAUGACGAUAACGUAUUGCUGGAGCUUUCUGCGGAGAUCGCACAGGUGUUGAAGGAACAAGAUGAGGAUUUUGAGCGGCUGCAAGAAGAUGUUCUAUCGAUACCUACGGGAGGGCCGAACAGCGAGUUGGGAAGACAGAGAAAGGUGCUUGAUGAAGCAGUGGAGAAGAACAUCAAAGAAGUCGAAUCAUGCUAUUCGGCAUUCCGCAAGGCCGAGGUGAAAGCCAGAAAGACGCUCAACGCUGCGCAAGUUUGGGAGCGUCAACAUCUCUUUCAACCAAGCUUGAAUCUCUCUUCCGGUAGGUCAACUCCUAACUCAAUGGAAAGACCUAUCGCUCGGCCAAAGUCGGAACAUUCAAAGGAAGACAAGACCGUAAAUGCUGCUAGCGACGUUACUCUUGCGCUUCGACGAACCCACGAAAUGAUGGCGGGCGAGUUGGAGAAAUCACAGUUCGCAAACGAUACAUUAAAACAGUCAACGGAGGCGUUAGCCCAGCUGAAUGAGACAUAUUCUACAUUGGAUUCUCUAUUAUCGAGUUCGCGGAAUUUGCUUGGGACUUUGCUGAGGAGCCAAAAGAGCGAUACGUGGUAUCUUGAAACAGCAUUCUAUGUACUUGCAUCUACGAUUGCAUGGCUUAUUUUUAGGAGGUUAUUUUACGGACCACUUUGGUGGUUGAUUUACGCGCCACUGAAGUUAAUCUUCUACUCUCUAUUUAGUAUAUCUGGCAUAAUGGGCUCUAAGGGUGGCUCGGCUGUUGAAAGCAGUAUGUCCAUAUCCAGUGAGGCGGCAACUUAUUCAAUUGUACCAACCAUGAGUGAAAGCGCUGUUCCCAGUAGCAAGAACACUCCAGCAAUAAGCGUUGAAAACAAUGAUCAACGACCGGCACCAAGAGCAGCAUCAACGAUGGUCGAGGAGGUCGAACAUAUUAUUGAUGAAAGCCAGCGUUACCAGGCCCCUGUCAAGGAGGAGAUUAUCGGAGACUCGGUUGGGGACGACUUCCCUCAUGAUACGAAAGCCGAGCUGGAAGAAGACAUAGUGCGAAGUGAGGAAUCAAAUCCAGGCAACCCAAAGAAGAGGAUGUGGGAAGAACCAGAAGAGGCUACCAAGGAAACAGAGCGAAGGAAGGACGAACUAUAGAUCGUCGAACGACUUGAAUGACUCAGUCUUCGGUACAAUUCCAUGAUAAUCGUGAUAGCUGAGCAAGAUGAUGUUCAGUCGUCGAGACUGAGCCAGAUUUGAGACUUCGACAUUUUUUGACAAUGGUUCGAUGAAUCAUUGAUCUUAGCAUUUCAAAUCGAACCAGUACAUAAAUAUUUUCACGGAUUAGUAAUACCCUAUUGUUGAAUUACGAUACAGACAUAUGGAAACUCUCCUGGUAUACCACACAAUGACAUACAAUGUGUCGAAAAAAUUCUGAUACCACAAAAAAUCCCAUCGUUCAUAGAAAACAACUUAAUGUCAACUAAUAGGCUAAGUAAGGAAUACGCCACUGAAUAUGAGUCAAGCA